AUGGGCGUUAUACGGACUAUAGGCAUUGUAGUGCUCAGCAUCUCCUUCGUUGUCUUCGUUGCUCUCUUUGGCCGACUACCCGUCUUCAGGAGGACACCUGUUGCUUUUCUCCAUCGACUAUUAUGGAGGCAUAUCCCAAAUGCGGUCAUCAGCAUCGAUGAACGGCUUACCGGUCGCCGUCUAACGCGUAGUCUCGCGAAGGCGGGCAAUUAUCUCAUGAAUGAGAAACAUCCAAUUGUUCUUAUCUUCUUUGUCCUCUUGCAACUUAUCGGUGAAGUUCUCUUCAUUCCCGCAGCAUGGAGCCGUCUUUCGACCAAGCAAAUAGCAGUGCUGCCACCUCUGAUUGUUGCUCCUUUGGCAUUUCUAUACCUUUCCGCUACUACAUCCUCGAAUAUCACUUCUGAGAACCACCGGGCGGCAAUGCUGGCUUAUCCCUAUGACUUCGCUCUCUUCCACCCGGGCUACUUCUGCUCCACCUGCCGAUUUGCAAAACCAGCAAGGUCCAAGCACUGCUCUCUGUGUAAGGCUUGCAUUCAGAAACAGGACCACCACUGCAUCUGGAUCAACAACUGCGUGGGAAGGAACAACUACCUGUGGUUCAAUCUUCUUCUGGUUAGCAUAGCUGUACUACUAUUCUAUGGUUCACAUCUUGGUUACGCUUUGCUUGACCGAAGACUUCAGGACCAACUGGUGCCGCCGGCGCUAACGAAGGCCAGUUUCACGGCCAAGCGGUGGAGCACCCGGAUGACCUGGAACGAGUAUGCCCACGCCUGGGCCUGGGCUAUUGCUAUGGAAUGGCAAAUCGGGGCCGUCAUGAUGUUAGCUAUGAUGUGUAUCCCUCUGGCGCUGGGGUUUCUGGCCUACCACAUCUAUCUCAUCUGGGCGGGAAUGACCACGAACGAGAGCUCCAAAUGGAGUGAUUGGAAAGAAGACAUCGCGGACAAGGUAGUCUUCCGGGCGGAGAUGACCAGGCUCAGGGAGACGUAUCCACCUUUACCCGAGGACGUCGAACCACUUGAUAAGGAUGUGAAAUGGCCAGAAGGCGUGCGAGCGAAGUGGUGGCUCGUGAGGACGAGAGAUGGCAAACCACCGACGAGGAAAACCCCAAGAAAGACUGCAAAUGGUGCCAAUCUUGGGAGGCCUGAAGCGGCAGAAGGGAAACAGGGUGAGGAAGAGGUGCCGGACGAGCGGUGGGAACUUGUUUCUUCGAUUGCAGAGGUCGAGAACCUGUAUGAUCUGGGUUUCUGGGACAAUUUGUGGGAUGGGCUGUUCAAUCGCGGGUGA